AUGGACACCUUCCAGCGAAAAGAGCUCGUCACACAGCGUUCGCUCAAGUACAGAUACUUCGUGUCACCUUCGGGUGAAUCUACCAAGCAGCAUCCCGCCUUGUUUUUUAUUCACGGCUUUCCCGAUUCGGCGCAUCUAUGGUCAAGUGUGAUCGCCUCACUUUGCGACCUACCAAACAAAAUAAUUAUUCCUGAUUGCUUGGGAUAUGCGGGUACCGACAAACCAGAAGACACAAAUCUGUAUGCGUACAAAGGUCAAGCCGACGACCUUGUAGAUAUCCUCAAUAACGAGGACGCUAAAUCCACAAUCAUCAUCGGACACGAUUGGGGUAGCGCACUCGCCCAGCGCACCUAUCUUCACCACCGAGAACUAUUCAGCGGCGUGGUCCUCCUCAAUACCGGGUACAUGGUGCCAUCAAAUCAACCAUUCGACCUGACCUCCAUAAAUGAGUUCACGGAAAAGGCCUUGGGCUAUCCACAGUUUUCGUAUUGGGAGUUCUUCACGGCACCCGAUGCUGCCAAGAUAGUAGACGAGAAUCUGGACAAAAUGUGGCAGGUGUUGCACGGCGAUAAAGAAGAUUGGAUGAAGAAGUUGUUCUGUGUUCCAAACGCUAUGCGCGAGUAUUUACUCGGCAGCAAGGAAGUGCCGUUGAAAUCAUACGCCCGCCAGCCAGAAUGGAAAGACAAGUUUAUGCAGCAAUUCAGCACAGAUGGUUUUGGCUCAACUUUGCAGAUGUACAAAGCUACUGCUUCCAACAUACAGACCAUAUCGGACUCGGCUAUUCCUAAGGAGAGCUUAGCGAUCGAGGUGCCAAUACUGUUUUUCAUUUGCACUAAAGAUGCCGUCUGUGUGCCAGAAAUGAUGAGUCCAGCGAAGGAUCAAGGUCUCGUGCCUAAUUUAAAGGAAGUUGUUCUUGAGUGUGCACAUUGGUCGCCGAUGGAGAAGCCGGAUGAAAUCGCAUCACACAUUAGAGACUUUGUGAUCAAGGCUUGUAUUUAA